GGGUCGCCAAGGAUAAGCACGCGUAUCAUAGAGAGGGGUCGAACCGCGACGCCAGGUGCUCGGGAGUCGGGGAGUCGCUCCCCACCGCUCGGCGGCUUUCGGGCGAGAGGCGACACGCCAGCCCGCUACCCUCGCCGGCAUGCGUAGCGUCAGUGCUUUGGCCGCCGCCGCCGCUGUGCUGCCGCCCCCACCGCUGCAGCGCACUUGUACUGCUACCCUCUCGCCGACCAUGAUACCGAAGCAGCCGAGGAUCGCCUCGAUCGCACUUCGAGAGCAGAUGAACAGGCGGAGGCAGGCAAGCACCAAACCUGCUGCAGCCGUUUCCAAAGCUAAGGAGUUUUCGGGAGCGAGUCGCGUCGGGCAGCGAUCGCUGUCGGAAAUCCGAGCGAGCGCAAGAGGCGCGAGCGAGUCGGACGAGAAUGGCGAGGACGCGGGCGCGCUGGCCGAGGAAGCGUUCAACGCCGACGAGCUGGUCAGGAAGAACUACGAGCUGCGGCACCGCUUGGAAGAGGAGGCUGCCAGCUACAAGCGACGACUGGACACCUAUCGGCAGGCGCAGCAGCACCAGGCGGCGCUCGUCUCCCGGCUGCAGGCCAAAGUACUCCAGUACAAGCAGAGGUGCUCGGAACUCGAGAGCCAGAUGGCCGAGGCGUCGCUGCCAUGCGGCGAGGAACGCGCCUCGUCGGCGCCCGGCCAGCUGAUACUCCAGGCCGCUCAGCAGACCAUGAGGGAGAUGCGCGAGGAGCACAUCAACGACUUGGAAACGGCGCUCAAGAGGCUCCACGAGGAAAGGAACAGAUCGGAUAAGCUGCUGCAGCUCAACGUCAGCCUGAAAGACCAGCUGGAGGAGUCGCACUCGACGAACGAGGCGCUGACGAGCGACCUGCAGAAGCUGUCGAGCGAGUGGGACGCGCUGCGCGAGGAGCUGAGCCUCAAGGAAGCCGAGUGGAAGGAGGAGGAGCUGGCGUUCAACGAGUACUUCAAUUCCGAGUACAACAAGCUGCACUGCCUGUGGAACGACGCCGUCUCGCUCAAGCGCCUCUACUCCGACAUGAAGUUCGCGACCGAGCGCGACCUUAGCAAGCUGCGCGGCCACCUCAACUCGGCGGUCAGCGACACCGUGGCCGCGUGUAGCAGCACCAGCUUCUUGAUGAAGCUUCAGGCGCAGGCGGCGUCGUCCUUCCACUUGCCAGCGACCAAGUCGCCCAAACACGAGGUCGAAUUGCAAGCCGCCGUCAAGAAGCUGGACGCCGCGCACACCGAGAUCCGGGCCAAGGACGAGAGGAUACAGCAGCUCCUGCGCGAGGUUCAAUCUCUGGAGGAAAAGUGCGCGGAGUCGGAAGCCAGCCUGAGCCAGAGGCUGCGCGAGCAAGAAGACGCGUCCGCGCUGCAAAGUGCCCUGCGCGACAUCGCGAGCGUGGUCAUACAGGACGCCGAGAUGCGCGAGCUCGAGCUAGUGAGCCACCUGCACUUGUCACCCGGCGCGACACUGCCAGCCGCGAGCGGCGGCUGCCUGAAACGAUCGGCCAGGCCCGCCAGCACGAUCCCAGCGUUCGCCGAGAGCACCAUCAGCGCCGUGCAGGCCGCCUUGCACAAGUAUCAGCUGACCAUACACGAGCUCACGGUAAAGCUGCAGACCAGCCAAGAGCAAUUGAGUCUCUCUCGUAAGCAGGCUGAAGGACUCGACGAGCGGCUGAUCGUCCUCGAAGAAAAGAACGCCGAGCUGAUCUCACAAGUGGACUCGCUGCGUUCGCAAAGUGCGCAACUGUCGCAAGAGCGUGAAAUCCUACAGAAAGCCUUGGACAGCGCGAGGAGCGACAACGCGCAUCUGGACAAGAGCCGUUUGGAAAGCGCGAGCAAGUACAACGGCUUGAGCGCCGAUUACGAAAACGUGGCCAAGAUCAACAUGAAGCUCGACAAGCUGUGCCGCAGCUUGGAAGACGAGAAGACGUACCUGCAGUGCGAGCUCGACCGAGUGAACAAGGACUGCGAGUCGAGAGAAGCGAGCCUCCGGGCCGAGGAGGAACGCUCGAGCAAGCUGCGCGAGGAAAUCCUGAGCGUGGCGGAAGAGUUGAACAAGGCUCAGCUGGCGAAGGAGGUGCUCGAGCAGAACAAGAUCGAGUCGGAGUGCUACCUGGCUCAGGUGGAAAAGUCGAAGGCCGAGUUGGAGCUGGACCUGGAGCGGCUGAUCCUGGUCAAGUCCGAGCUGGAGGAAAUGGUCACCAAGCUGCAAUCGAUUUGCUUGAGCCACGAGCAAGAAAGCGCGAGACUCCAAGAUGAGCUGCGUCGCGCCAACGAGGAAAAAACCCAGCUCUCCUCGCAAUGCGCUGACCAGCAGAGCGACAUGACGUCGCUGAGGAAAGAAUUACUGGCCGGCGAGCAAGCGAGAAUGAGCUUGGAGAACGACAAGGUGACGCUGCACGAGAAGGCCAAAUUCCUGGAGAUCGAGAAGGAACGCCUGGAGGUGGAAUGCGCGCAGAUCAGCAGGGAAAGGGCAGAUCUGAGUAACCAGUUGGCAGCCAUGGCAAGGAGCAAAGAAGCACUCAACGAGGAAUACGUUCGCUUGAGUCAGAAGCACGAGCACACUAAAGACAUGAUCAACAGGAUCAACAGGGACGUUGCCGAGCUGGUGAAGAGUGGCGAGGAAAAACAAAUAAUACUGGAGAGCAACGACAAAGAAAUUCAAGGUCUAAUCGAGCUGCUCAGCUCCUUACGUAGCGAGAAGGAAGCCUUAGAGACAGCAUUGUUCGACACCACCAGCAAUCUGGAGGACACUCAUGCCAAGAGGCAGCAACUGGAGAAAGAGAAUCAAGAAUUGCUGAUCAAGCAAGAGAGCUUGAAGAACCAAGUGCAUCAGCUGAAAAAGGAAGUGGAUCAUAGCGAGAAACACGCUCGCGACGUUAAGAUGAGUUUAACGCAACUGAGCGAAAAACAGGAAUUGGAAUUCCAAGCCGUGCUGGCAGAUUUGAAGAAGCAGAGCGAAGAAGCCUUGAGGAGACUCAACGAGGAGAAGGACCAAACCAGAAUCAGUCUCGAGCAGAAGCUCCAACAGAUCAAAUCCAAACUGGAGCAGGAGAAGAACAAUGAGAUCUCGCAGUUGAGUCAGAGGCUCGACGAACUAUUACACGAAAAGGAAAACUUGUGCCAGCAACACGAGGAGAUACUGUUGAGAGCGGAGAAUGACAAACAGCAGUCUCUGUUACUUGCUCAUCAAGACCAACAAGUUCUGCAAGAGAAGGUCGAUUCUCUGCAGCGCGAGCUCGAAGGUGAGAAAGGCGCUUCGGAGCGGCUCCGGCGGGAAUCGGCAAGUCGCGAAGAAAAGGAUCGCGGCGAGCUGAACAAACUACGAGACGAACUGACUCGUAUCAAGAACAGACUAGAAGAAUUGAAAGCGAGAUCCGACGAGGAGAAGCUGAAGCUGGAGAUCAAACUCGAGGAAAUAAAAAACGAGAGGGAAGCGGCGAUGAAAGAAGUGGAGGAGUUACAGGUUCAGCUGCACGUGUCCGAGGACAAGGUUGACGAUAUUCAGAACCAGUUGCUUGAGACCAGCAGAAAGCUCAAAGAGGCUGAGGUGACAAUUGAAAAUGCGCGAAAAGAACUUGUGGAUGUGCGCCGUCAACUGAACGAAUCCAACUUCGAGAAAGACAAAUACAGCAGUACCAAUAAAGAACUGAGAGAACGUAUCAAACACGUGGAAGGCGAGAAACGCGAACAAGCUCGGUUGCUUGAGGAAUCUUACCAGAAGCUUGCCGGGUUGGAAGAAGCAAAAGCAACGCUCGAGUCAGAUCGUAACAGAAUACAAUCGAACGUGCGUGACACCGAGCGUGAGAUUCUUCAAUUACAGCAGCAACUGCGACUGGCUCAGGAGGAACUAGACAAAGCGCACAACGCCAACUGUCAAGCGCAAAAUAACGAGAAGGAGCUGCAGGCUAGACUCAGCAACGAGACCGAAGAACGCGAACGACUUCAGCUUCAACUUCAUCAGUUGAGAAAACAGUCCGCAGACUUGGAAAACAAUCUCGAACUGACCCGUCAAGAACUAAGCAAACUGCGUUCGCGAAUGGACGAGGAAGACGAACGCUCGCGCGGUCGCGAACAAGAGCUGGUUCUUCGUUUGGAAGAGAGUCGUUGUCGCGAGCGCAAGCUCGAGGAUCAAAAGCACAAUCUGGAGGUUUGCCUCACCGACGCGACGCAACAGCUGCAAGAGCUCAAGGCAAGAUUGGGUGGUUCGGAAGGUCGCGUAAGAGCACUCGACGAGCAACUCACUCACAUGGAAGCGAGAAAGAAGGAUUUGGAGCACAAACUCAGUAGCUUGGUGCUGAUGCUGAAGAGAAUCGCUGGUGUACAACCCGACGGAAGUCUCACCACGCCGUUCAAACUUUCCAGUCCUACCAGAAGAUACAGUCCCGUCCGAACGCAAGAGCACUCCGAUAGUCGUGAGCUUAUACUUGACGUCGACGUCGAGGCCGUACGGCGGGGUAUCAAUUCGCUGAUGAAGCACUUCAUGAAAAUCGAACGCGAAAGGAACGACUACGACACGGAACUUAAGAGUAUUAGGAAACAACUUGCCGAAGGUUACGAGAGCCAAAACAAACUCGAGAUCAAGAUGAACGCUCUUGUGACCAACAUACGGAACUUGCAAGAUGAAAAAUACGCCGUAGAAGCUAAACUCACGCAGAAACAUUGUGUUUUACAACAAAUUAAUGAAAAACUGAAAGAAAAGAGCGACGAAUGCGACAGACUCAGAGAAAAGAUUGUCGCGUUAGAAUUGUCGGUCAACAGUGGUACCGAGGAAAAACUUCAAAACGACGAGAAGAUAGAGAGACUGAAGCAAGCGAUCGGUAAAAUGGAAAACGACAAGCGAAUAAUGAAGGAGGAUAUAAACAAAUUCGAGAGUCGAGUAACGCAGAUGGAAGUCAAUCGAAUGUCUCUCGAAGGCGACAUCCAACGACUUCAAAUGAUCGUCCAAGACAAGGAAUCUACCAUUCAGAAACUACAAGAACGAAACGAGUCGCAAGCGCGAACGAUGAGUAAUUUGGAAGAGCGUUGCGCCUCGUUGAAGAGUACGAUCGAGCAAUUGAACCACGCACUAGAGAAAUCAGUGGCCAACGAGAGUGAACUCAAGACUGAGAUCAACCACAUGCACAGGAAUCUCGUCGAAGUCAAUGCUCACUCUCAAAGCGACACCGAGAAACUCAAGCAGCUACAAAAGCAGCUGUCGGUGGUGGAAAGCGAUCGUCGCGUGCAGGCCGAGCGCUUGGAGAACGUGCAGUCGUCGCUGAACGAGUUGCGUCACGCGAAUCAGCUGCUGAGCGAUCAGAACGCGCGCUUACAGAGCGACCUGGCCAACGCCGAGGUCGUGCGCUCGGGUCUGGAGGCGCAGUUGCGCUUCGCCCAGAUGCCCGGCAACGGCUCGUCGAGCAGCAGCAGCAACAACAAGGACGAGGAGCUGUAUCGGCAGCUGCAGCUGGCUCACCGCGAGCGCAGUGAGCUCAAGGGCAAAGUCGACGCGCUCAACGACAAGGUAAAGAACCUCGAGAACGAGAAGCGCCAACUGGAGCGUCAAGUGUCGUGCGCUCGCGCGAGCUGCGUGCGCAGCAAGAGCUACGAGCGCCACGAGCACAGCAAAAUGCACUCGGACCUGAGCCACGAGCACUUGGAGCGCGACAAUUGCGAGUUACGCCUGAAAGUGAGUCGUUUGGAGUGCGCGCUGGCCGACCGGGAGACGGAGAUCGCCAAGCUGCGCGCCGAGCUGACGCACUCGCACUCGCACUCGGAUUUCGCGCGGAGCAGCGAGCUGGAGAAAUUCCGCGCGGCCCAGUUGCAGGCGCAAAAGUUGCUGGAGGCUCGCGAGCAGAGUCAUCGGCAUCAGGUCAUUCGACUCGAGGCGCAGAUAAGAUCGUUGAGGGAUCAGCUCAAUCAAGAGAUCAAGCUACGCCAGAUCUACGUUCACAAAAGCUCGAGAACGGGUCGAGAGAUGCAGCAAAUCCGGCACGCACUGGGCGAGUCGCUGCGCACGGUGUCGCAGGAGCCACGCCUCGACGCCGAUCUGUUGGAGCACGAAACUCGCAAGCUCGAGAUCAACACAAACGUGCCGCCGUCAUUAGCCUUGCCGGCUCCACUGUCGUACGAGCGUCGCUCGCCGUCGUCCUUAUUGUAGAGUCCUUCGUACCUAUUUCCAACACCGCUACUUUCCUCUUUCAUUCCAAGGAGCAGCGUCUCGCAUAGUGACGUGCGAUCGUUUUCUCUUCUAUUCGCUGUGCGUCUCUCCUAUUCGUAAGAAGAUCAUUCGUGAGAAUCGGCGCCAUUUCAUUAUCGACGGCAAUCGUGUUGGGCACAAAUUUAUCAUUACAUAUAUUCACAGUCGUACUGCUCGCUCCUUCGAUUUGUCGUUAUAUCGUGAACUUUAUUUUGUGUUCUUCGUGGUGUCGCUGACGAUAUUGUGUUCAGAAAAAGAAAACCGUCUAUGCGUCGCCAAUACAACGAUUGGCGUUUGCGUGUAUUUGUGAUUCUAGUCUGUGUAUUUCGUUAGAUGAUUAUUUGUAGUACCGCUGCAUUAAGUUUCUACGUUUUUAUAUCGUUUAAAUAUGUGAAUUUUCCGACCGGCCCAUUGGGCGCGUCGGUAGAGAUUGUAGACACUGGCGAAGCUUCCUUUAGUCUCGGCUCUCGAGACCAAAGUCAACAUACCUUAAAAGAAUAAUUAGAAAAAUGAAUGAAGUAAGCUUGUCACGUAGCGAAAAUUAGGAAGAUUAAAAAAAACUUAAUUGUGCGGCAGGACUGCGUCAGUUCUCUCAGAGAAUCUCUCGACAAGCAGUCCACGAAAUGACCGGUGAUUUAUGAAAAAAAAGAAUAUAGUCUAGUCAAAAUAAGGAGUAAUAAAUAAAUCUCACUUAUAUGCGUAUGUAUGUUCCUUGUUUCCUGUGUCAUUAGAUGUAACGUACACACUUAUUGUUUCCUGUGUUCGUGUUUUCCAAAAAGAAAAAAAAAACAUGGAAAUCGUCGCUUCAUUGUACUUUCCUUGUAUUUAUAUUUCCUUCGUUUGAGAGAAUGAACGAUGUGGAAUAAAAAUUGAUGAGACAUUAACACACAUUA